AUGUCAGAUCGGUACUUGAGCGUCGAUCUCGGCCAGUACCCGCGACACACGAGAGUCCACAGCUGCACCUCAGCAACUCGCAUGCGAGCACGGAACAGGCUACGACAGGUAACCGGUGCACCACGCGUGUACGGGCAAGACUAUGGGCGUCAUCAGCGCCAAUGCGCGAGCGCGAGGGCAGCCUGA